CCAACCUCCUGCCCAAAUUUUCGUUUCGGAAGUUUUGAAGGCGCGCUGCUUGCAGACAGGCCAAAAGAGACGUCGCGUUCAAUCAGGGCGUACCGAGUUCCCUGUGAAGAACCGACAUAGAUGCGGCAUGUGCUAACUUAUGUUACUUUGUCGUCGUAUCCUCCGUGUGCACGUUCCAAAUCUCUCAUCAGUUGUACGACUCCAGGGAGCCCAGACUGUGCAGCACGGAAGACUCUCAGAUGUCAAGCCGUAUCUCAGACACACGAGACAUGCCUCCAAUAACAGGUGUGAUGAGAGCGACGACGCUCCUGCUACAUCUCCUCAGGACCCGGCUGUGGUUCCAGCAAAUAUACCUCUACCUCACACUAGUAAUUCCCUCCCCAACCCUUACCCUGAAUUGCUUGGGACCGUACUCCGCAUCUCGCGGUACUCUGAACCAACGAAGGGGGUCAAAGAACUCAAGACUGUCGCGGGCAAGACUGUGGUCGAAGAGAGCAAAUAUAGCCCCUUUCAGGCCUACAUGCUUCUCCGCGCGCAAGACUCUAAUAUCGCAGCCUCUCUCCCAGUUGACGUUCUCUGUUGUAUCGCGCAGGGCGCGGUUAAGCAUGGAUGUCAGGAUAUCGUGGAUAGUAUUACAGCAGACGUAUUGGCCGAGUGCAAGGACGAUGCCAACUCUAGUAACACCCCCCCCAACUCACCCACAGUUAUCGCUGAUGUUGAUAUUAAUGUUGGUGCUCCUCCGGAAGCUACCCUCCGCCACAACACCGACAGUCCUGAUAGCAACCCUAGCUGUGCCCAUGGCACAUUUAGACUGCGGGACCGAGCCAGCGUUGCAGCGGCUCUCCUCUGCGUCUCGCCCCGUUAUCCACAUCUGCUAGCGAAAGGCACGGUUCUUGCACUUCUCACUCUCAUCAACUCAGCUGGCCGGAUCGACUCGCUUCCUGUCAACGCUGCCUGCCACGCAAUAAGGACUGUCUGUGAUGAUGUUCAGCCGGACACGUGUACCCAAGAUAUCAUCGCGCUUGCCCUUCCUCGCUUCCUGGGGUGGCUCAGGGCCUGGCAAGCGCCGACAGGUGCGAAAGCAGUGUCCUAUAGGCCAUCCGAAACGAUCCUCGCAGCUUAUGGCGUGGUCCAUGGGCUCGUUUUGCUUGGGGACAAGGAAAAGGCCUUUGAUCUUUUCCGCGCACUUACGGAGAAUCACCAUAUCCCUCCUGACUCAUUUCGUCAUGUCGAUAUAAAUGUCGAUGCGAAGAGUAACGCUGGAUCAACGACCAAGUAUGAUUUUAGUAUGAUCAUACGCAACGUCCUUGCCCGUGCAUGCUUCCAUUGGGGCUGGCACCAUCUAGGAGUGGAGCUCAUGGUUGCAAUGACCGAGACUUACGACGAAGGAGUGCAGACGGAACAUAGCAAGAAAUUGGUCUCAGGAAUACUCGACCUCUUGCAUACUGCCAUUGAGUCAUGUACUACCGAGCAGUUUCGACGCUGCGCCACCCUCAUGUGUUCACUGGUGAGCGAUAUGGACAUCCCAGAAGCUACUGUCUGGCUAUUUUAUAACCGCGCGCGGCUGCUCAGGGACGGCACGUCAGCAGAGAUGUUCUACCGCCGCACACAGUCACCCCAGAUGCCCUCGAGGGUGCGGUAUAUGUCUCCCAGGGGUAGGGCAUUCGUAUGGCUGAUGAAUUAUCUUUCGGAGGAAAGGCAUAACGUCCAUCUUGCACGGUCACUUGCGAAGCAGCUUGUGCAAUUUUCAGUUCCUAUCCCGCCAUACGAGCGCGCCGCACUGGUUUCCAUGGUUGCAAAGAACGGCUUUGCGGAGUCUGCGCGCGCGCUUUGGGAGCGAUAUACCGUGGGGAAGGACCGUGAGCUCGUGGUUGGGAAUGCCGCGGCAAUGAUCCGGGUGGUGUCUCUGUUCGCGAACCUCGUUUCUCGCACGCAGGAGAAGUUAGAGAUGCUGAGAACAGCUGAUGACGCUGAACGACUACAAGACACCAUUGUGGAGAAGGAGACGAGACUAGCAGACAUGUCGCAGUUCGCACAGACGGUGUUGCUUUCAUUCCACAAGUCGAAGGAACCACUGGACAAAGCGGCUCACUCUGACUUGAACGCCCUGGCGAGAGGCUACUUUCUGCUUGGCAGGAUGAGACAGGGGUUACUACCAUACCGCGCACUGCUCCGGCGGAAAGAAAUACCGGACCUUUACGACAUCAACGUGGCACUUUCGGCUAUUUCGCGACACUCGCCGCGGAUGGCAGCAAAUUUGGUGGAGCGGAUGCUCGCGACCGGGUUGCAUCCUGACGCGGUUACGUUUGGUACAGUGAUGCAUCAAGCGUUAGUGCAAGGAGACCUGGAACUCGCGGGCAUACUGGUAAAACAGGCGCACGAGUAUGGGUUAGAGACAUUGUCAGCGAAGACGAUGGCCGCACUGAUCCUUGCGAGUGUGAGCGACAGGGCGGAAACUACGGAGGCUUUGGAAGCUAACCUGCGGCACGUGUGGGAGAUCGUCCAGGUGACGCCACGAAGCAGUGUGGUACACACGCCGAAUAUAGGCGAGUGUUGCAUCAGGGCGUCCUUGCAUGUCGGAAACGCUAAGAUGGCGUUUGACUUUUGGGAUGAGCUGGUACGAUGGAAGGCAGAGUGGGGUGAUCAUGAACAGAUCCAGCUGCGGCGGAGUAUUGGGAGGCUGGUGCGACGGCGCGUUCGGGAAGGGUCACUUGCGGCUGAACGGGGGAGAGAGAUGCUCGGAGCACUUAGGCUUGGCGGAAGGGUAGGUUGACUUGGAUUUCAUAUUUUCAUUUCUUUUAUCCGCACUGUCAGUAAUAGAUUUGAAUAACACAGCUAAUUGGCAAGCUCAUGACGGCUUGGGGUUGUUUGUUGUGUGAGGAACCUG